CUCCCGCCCGGCUCGCUUCCGGCCUUUGUGGGGCGCUGUGGGCUGUUCGGGCUCCCGGCGGCUUGGACCGCGUCACCUGUGGUCUCCCCGGGAGGGACCCGGCUGCCGGCCUCGGGAGCUGCAGGUCCACCCUUGCUGGAAGCACCGCUAGAGCUUCUGCACGGCCGCGAUGGCGUCGGCCUGGGCUGCGCCGGCCCACGAGGAACAGGGUGCGCUUCUGGAAGUAAAGGUGGAGGAGGAGGAGGGGUACAGGAAUACCACCAGACGGGAUCAGAACCUGCAGAAGAACAACACCCACAGCAGGGAGGUCUUCCGACAGUACUUCAGACACUUCUGUUACCAGGAGACGCCUGGACCCCGCGAGGCGCUGCGCCGGCUCCGCGAGCUGUGCCGCCAGUGGCUGAGCCCAGAAACACACACCAAGGAGCAGAUCCUGGAGCUGCUGGUGCUGGAGCAGUUCCUGACCAUCCUGCCCGAGGAGCUCCAGGCCUGGGUGCGGGGACAGCACCCGGAGAGCGGGGACGAGGUGGUGACCGUGCUGGAGGAUCUGGAACGGGAGCUGGACGAGCCUGGAGAGCAGGAUGAAUGUGUCCACCGUGUCCCUGUCCACACUGAGCAACAGGACACGCUCUUGCAGGAGACAGCCCUUGUGGGAACAGGACGGGAACCUGGCAUGUCCCUGCCAUCCGGGGUUGCCCGGCUGAAGUAUGAAUCUCCAGGACCUGGAGCCCAGCCGGAGGAGCAAGUUUCAGGUGUUGAGACUGGAAAUAAGUACAGGAAUUUAACUCUAAAGCAAGAAGCGGCACCGCAGGGGAAUAUGUGUAGCGGAUUUGAAAGUGACAUGUCCCAGUCGGCUAGGUGCAGAGAAGCGGACGGAUCCGAAGCAGAAACAGAAGAGUCUUCUGGACACUCCAGGGAAGGUGAACAGUCUGCGGGUGAUGAGAACAGACUCCGUCUGACUGAACAGCAGAGGGUCUGUCCAGGAGAAAAACGUCAUGAGUGCGAGGAGUGUGGAAAAGCCUUCAGUCAGCACUCGAACCUCUUAGAACAUCAGAGGGUCCACACUGGAGACAGGCCCUACAAAUGUGAGGAAUGUGGGAAAACUUUCCGUGGGAGAACCGUGCUGAUUCGGCACAAAAUAAUACACACCGGAGAGAAACCGUAUAAAUGUAAUGAGUGUGGCAAAGCCUUUGGCCGCUGGUCAGCUCUUAACCAACAUCAGAGGCUCCACACAGGAGAGAAACACUACCACUGUAACGAAUGCGGCAAAGCCUUUAGCCAGAAAGCGGGCCUCUUUCACCACCUCAAGAUCCACACGAGAGACAAACCAUACCAUUGUGCUCAGUGCAAUAAAAGUUUUAGUCGGCGUUCAAUACUCACUCAACACCAAGGAGUUCACACUGGGGCAAAGCCCUAUGAGUGCAGCGAGUGCGGGAAAGCCUUCGUUUAUAACUCCUCCCUGGUUUCCCACCAGGAGAUCCACCACAAAGAAAAGUGCCAUCAGUGUAAGGAGUGUGGGAAAUCCUUCAGUCACAGUGGCCUUGUUCAGCAUCAGAGAAUCCACACUGGGGAGAAACCUUACAAGUGUGACGUAUGUGCAAAAACAUUUAUUCAGAGGACAAGCCUAGUAGAACAUCAGCGAGUUCACACUGGAGAGAGACCUUACAAGUGUGAUAAGUGUGAGAAGGCCUUCACUCAGAGAUCAGUUCUCACGGAACACCAGAGAACCCACACCGGAGAGAGGCCGUACAAGUGUGACGACUGUGGGAACGCCUUCCGAGGCAUCACCAGCCUCAUUCAGCAUCACAGGAUCCACACUGGGGAGAAACCCUACCGAUGUGACCAGUGCGGCAAAGCCUUCAGACAGAGGUCAGAUCUUAGCAAACACCAGAGAAUCCAUAGUAGAGGUGCUCCCUCUAAUGAGUGUGGGGAGUCAUUCAGGCAGCCCUCAGCUCGUAGGCAGCAGCGGACUGUCCACGAAGGGGAGGAGUCUGUUUCUGGGAUGACCACGGGGACGCUGUGUCCCAGAGUACAGGCUGGAGAGGAAUACUAGCUUGGGAGUGAUUCCAACGGCAGUCACCGUUGCUACAAGGACACCUCAGACGUCUUGUAAAGGGUUCGCCGUGUGCCGUGCGUGACAUCAGCUGGUGUGUAGGACAGAGAGCGAAACACGAAAGUCCUCUUCUCGCCAGUUUACGGUGGAGCCUGGGGUCCGUCAGGUCACGUGUGAGCUUAGAUCGGACUGCAGGACGGCAGAAGUGAUCUGAGCCGCGUGUCCGUGAGGUGGCGGGUGGCGGCCAGUGCUGUCCGUUCUGAAGGACGGAUCACCAAUGCCUGAGCGGGUCAGCCAAGAUUGUAUUGAAGAUCGGGGUUCCGUGGGCAGAUUUGGAAGGCGGGGUGGAAACCAGGGUAAAGCCCACGUAGGGGGAGGCGAGGACGCUCGGGGCUUGUGGCGCCAGUGGCAGCCUGAGGUGGGGCAUCUGUUCAGGUGGGCGGUGGCGGAGAUACCCUGGGAACGGCUUGGGCCGGGCUGGGAGGGCGCGGACGGUGCCUCUUACAAAAGGCACAAAGCACUUUUCUUAAUUCCUAAGAUCUGCCUGUAAAUUAAAAUCCUUCUCUGUUUUAAAAGUGA